AUGCACCCAUGCGUACGUGUGUUUACUGCUGCCGCUGCUGCUGCUGCUACUGGCGUCUGCACAUCAUGUUACUUACCCCUCAUUGGUCCCACGUGCUUCUUUGCUUCACACAUCUACCUUGUAUUCUGUGCUCUGGUGUCCUACUGCGAUCAGAUGCCUUGGCUCCUGGAUGAAGCCCGUCCGGACGGUUUCACACCGCUUCAUCUCGCCGUCCUAUACGGCCACACAGCAAUUGCCGACUGUCUCCUUCUGCUUCCUCCACAGGCAGCCACCAGCGCCAACACUGGCAGGUCAUCUUCCACUGAUCACUCCAUCUCCUUGGCUGCUGUCAACGUCAAUGCUGAAAGCGCUCUCAUGCUCGGAGGUAGCUCUGGAGCCACUCUGGGAAAUCGUUUGACACCUCUUCAUCUUGCUGUGCAAAAGGGAAAUGCUCCUAUUGUUUGUCUCCUUCUAGCUCAUGGAGCUUUGCCCUGUGUAAAAGAUGCCUCUGGAAAGAGUCCUCUUGAUUUGAGCCUUGCUAUGCUCAAGCGUUCAAUAAAACCUACCAUUACUGAGCAGACAGCCCCAAAUGAUGCCAAUUUGACGGAACAAUCGGGCUCCUCCCAACGGGUGGUGACCGAGGGCAAUCGAAUCGAAUUGUCAAUGGUGCCAUUCCUUGCAUCAGUUGCACGAUAUCUCGUUACCUGUGCCGACAUUACUAAUCACCCAUCUAUGCCUCAAAAUGAGGAGGAUCAGUCUCUUCAUUCCUUGCCCAGUUCUUUGCGAUCUCGAAUUGAAUCGGUGGUACAAACCGCUCUUAAUUCCGGAAUUUCUGUCCUCCUUCUCAUUUCCUCUUGCUUGGUGGCCGCAGUUGGUCUGCAAUCACGUUCUUCUGAGUCGAGUUCAGACAAUCAAAUCACUCCACCCCCUUGUCUGUCAACUCUAGAAGACUCUGUUCUUGAAUUAGCCCUUCAGCAAUGCUUCCUUGAAGCCUGUUUAGCUUCUACUUCAAGCACAGCUGUUACAAAUAGUGAAACGUCUGCCCUAAAUGACUUUUUCACCGCAGAUAAUAGAUCAGAAUCGCGGGUUCUUCAAUCGGGUACUGUCAGUCCUACUGGAUCUUCAAUGUCGAUUGCGAAUUUCUUGGUCCCUUCUGAGUGGUCAGCAAAUGGACCCCCCAUGAUGUCGGCUGAAAUGAUGACACAACAGCAGCUUCAACAACCCAAACCAGCUGACUUGCCGCUGAAUUUGGAUGAACUGGGCGAGGAAUUGAGAGAGUGUAUGGUCUGCUCCAGUCGGGAUAGAGCGGCGCUCUUGUCACCGUGUGGACAUAUUGUGGCUUGUCAGAACUGUACUCAAUUACUGAAGAAGUGUAUCAUAUGUCGACAGUCAGUGGAUGCUUAUCGUGAGAUUCCAGCAUGUCGUGAGUGCACAUUCCGUCCAGCAGUGACCUUGACCCGCACGUGUAACCACUUUCUCGUUUGUCGCGAGUGCCUGAUUCCCCGCGUGUCCCGCUUGAAUAGAGCCCUAGAAGCAGCCGGAGAUGACGAUGACGAACAGUCCAAACCUGAAUGGCUUCUCGCAGAAACCGAGAGUGAACAACGUCGACAACAACUCCUACUCUCUUUAUUCAAUGCUGGAGAACUUUGUCCAGAUGGUAUGUGCCCCGAAUGUGGUCAGGCCGUCAGUGCUGUCUGGAGUAUAGAGGUGGCUGUAAGUGGGCGGUGUGGAAUUGAAAGAGUUCUGGCGCCACCUUCUACGUCAGUUAGAUCAUCACUGAUUCCAGCUAAUGCGACACAGGAUUUACUGGUUCCUAUUACUGUAUCACAGGCGUCUACUGUGUGGGUCACUUCGGAGAAUAAUCAAGCAGUUGAGGCUUCUACUAUGAAUCCACGAUGUUUGGUGCCGAAGAGCGUUUACAACGCAACUCUAAGACAGACGCUUCCAAGAUGCACACAGGCUGGUGGAUCGAAUGCAAGGCCUAAUAAUAUGCGUCCUUCUGGUUCGGUGGUUUCCAGUGGCCAAUCGUCUUCAAAAGAACUUAAGCGUCUACAACACGAGCUGCAAGCCAUGCGGGAACAGACACGCUGUCCGAUUUGCCUGGACCGUUCAAGAAAUCUGGUAUUCAUGUGUGGACAUGCCACAUGCCAAUGGUGUGGGGACCAAGUUGCUGUUUGUCCAAUUUGUCGUCGUACAGUUACUGGACGCAUCGGCAGAUUAGCACAUAUGCUUCGAAUCCAGACUAUGGAAGAGCACAAUUUCGUCAGCGGUUGGCUCGAAAAGAAUGUUUUAAAUAGAAGUGUGCGGUGGUAUACAUCAGGUUCAAUGCUCACAUCACCAUUCGGAGAGUUUAUAUGGUCUGGAUGGCCAACUGACAAACAGGCUAUUCGUCCUAGUCUAUACGAACUUUGGUUUGAUACACCGCCAACAGCAUCUGAUGUAGGAACUUGGCCAGCAAAUCGUGAUAAACUCGUCUACGGUUCCAAUGGGGUUUCUUGGGGUUGGUAUAUUGACACAUCAACUGAACUCCGUCCGUAUAUUUGCCAAGCUCCUACACUCAAUGCCAAAUUCCUCCAACCAACUGAUCGAACAAUCAGUUUUGGACAAAACGACACGCAAUCGAUUUCUCGUGGUCCAUGCUUCGUAAAGCAGCCCAGUGAUGCCUGGUAUGUCAGCGGAAUCGAUGUUGACAAUUUUGUCCAAUUCACCUGCAUUGCUAACGGAAAUCCAAUACCAAAUUACCGUUGGUAUAGACUCAAUCUAGUUGGAGGUUCUUCUGGUUUACGACCUCAAAGAACUCUUAUAAACCCACUAAAUUCCACUACUGGCAGAAUUGCAAUUAGUGGAGGAAAUUUGGUCAUACACUAUCCUUCGUCAAGUGCGGAUUCUGAGCAUUAUCAGUGCGAAGCUUAUAAUAGAUACGGAAGUAUUCUAUCUCAAACGGCUAAAGUAGUUUUUGGUCAGCUAGAAACUUUCCCAAAACAUCCCAGAAGGACUCGAACUGUGGCUGCUUAUCAAAGUGUCACAAUUCCAUGCGACCCACCUGCUCAUUCUCCUCGAGAUAGUUUAAUUUACUCAUUUUACAUGCGAAAGGGACAAUCCCUCGAGCCCAUUGUUCUCACCGCUCGACCGGGCGUCUUCGUAUCUCAAGCUCAAGCAUUGAUAGGCUUCUCGGAAGCUACUACUCAAGACACUGGUAUUUACAUCUGCAUGGUGACAAUGUACCAACUAGGAUCUCGACCCAGCGAUUCACCUAAGUCACCAGACAUGCCCCUGGAGGUGAUGGAAAGCAACUACCGGACACAGGAACCUCGAAUCUACGACAGUUUUCCAGCUAUUUGGCCAAGCGACCCAAUUCGAGGUCGUGCUGUCCGAAUUGAGUGCUUUGCUGGAGGCAGUGUCCAGUCGGGACCCCUGCAGUACACCUGGAGAAGGAUGGACGGAGUUGGAAUUCCAAAGACUUGGAUAAAAGAAGGAGGUCGGGUAAUCGACAUUCCACAUGCUCAACCUGAAGACCAAGCGGUUUACGAGUGUAGUGUUACCGAUGCCAAAGGAAGUGUAGCACAGCCUCGAACUGUUAGUCUUCAGAUCAGAGCUCUUCCAUACUUCACAAAUAGAGCCAAAGAUGAGAUCAUAUCAAUUGGGUCUACGGUGAAUAUGGUCUGUGAAGCAGAGGGUAUUCCAAAGCCCAUACAGUUCUGGCUUCGAAACGGAAUGUAUGUAAGAGAUCUCAUUGCAUCUGGUCAAUUGGAUGGAACAAAGUAUGUCCUUAACGAUGGAACAAGUGCACCAGCGACUCUAACAAUUUCAAAUGUGGGCCUUACCGAUUCAGCCAUGUUUAAUUGCUUGGCAGUGAACAGUCUAGGAACUGUGACAUCUUCUGGUGAGCUUAGAGUACUUGCAUUCCCCCCGAACUUCCAAAAGAAUCCGAUGGUGCCAGUACUUGGAAUGGUGGGUAAAAGUGCUAUCAUGACCUGUCAACCCGAAGCGGCACCUACAGCUAACAUUACUUGGUACUUCAACGGAGCCGCAAUUACUCCGGACACUAGCAGCAUGAAUACAACCAGUGGUGAACCUACUUGUGCCAAAACAUAUUGCACCCUGCCAAGUGGAAAUCUCCUUGUACAUCAGUUGACAAAAAUUCAAGAAGGCACUUUUGAAUGUCGAGCACAAAAUCAAUAUGGAAUGGCAAAUACAUCAGCCUAUUUGACUGUUAUUGAUCCAGUGGUUAUCUCCUUACAACCACAGAAUACAAUUGUGGAUGUUAAUUCAACUGUUAUCGUGCCAUGCAAAGCAACAGUCAGCUCUUUUCUGGAUGUUAAUUAUGCCUGGUAUUAUGAAGAUGUAGAAAUAAAGUUUGACCGGAUGGAUAUCGACGCACGACGAUACGAGACAACACAAUUUCUGCGGCCCUACGAUCGUGAUUUUGGUUUCCUCCACAUUAUUAAUAUUCAGUUGUAUGACGCGGGGAGAUACACUUGUGAGGUGCAGACUCCACUGUCGAGAAUCUCUGCCACAGCUUACAUCCUCGUUGCUGGUCCGCCUGGCCCCUGUGCUGGUGUUGAAGCAGCUACGAUUCCAGAUACCGAACUAGUGAUAGUCAACUGGACGAAAGGAGCCGAUCACUUCCAUCCAAUCGAGUACUACAUAAUCGAAGCGAGAGUUCUAGAUCGACCAUGGAAUGUCGUGGUGGGACGUCUGAAUGAAUCGGCUGAAAUUGAAAUAGGCAUCAAUACGAAUCGUAGGACCAUGACUAUAGGAAAUCUCUACUCAAACAUUCAGUAUCAGCUACGAAUUCGAGCCGUGAAUGCCAAGGGAGUGGGAGAAGCUUCGAGUCCAUCUCGGGGAAUCAUUACUCUGCCCAAACCACCGACGAAGAUGGUACGAAAUGUUACUGGCGGGGGCGGUAAAGAGGGCACUCUGGUGGUAAAAUGGGAGCCACUGUCUUAUUUCGAACAGAACGGGGAGAGUUUCCACUAUGUUUUAAAUUGGCGCGCCUGGGGUGAUCUUGAGUACACUACAGUAAAAGUGUAUGAUCCCACACCGGUGCCUGGCACUACAUGGGUUCAAUACACUGUCAGCCUGCCUGUUCUUCGGUACUACAAGCCUUACGAAGUCACUCUUCAGCCAGUCAAUAAACAGGGAGCGGGACCAGUCACCGAUCCCGUAGUGGUCAUGUCAGCGGCUCGUCUCCCUGUAACGGCCCCUCGCAAUCAACAAGCAAAUCAAUACAACGGUAGUGCGCUCUUCAUAACAUGGGAACCCCCUCUUCUAAGUGGAGAAGAGGGUCCGAUCCUUGGAUAUCGUAUCAUCUAUUGGCGACGCAAUCUCGAAUGCCUGGGUAUCGAAUCAGACAUCGAGAGAUUCGAACAGGGUCAACGACGAACUUUAUACGGUUCAGAUCUGACUUCUGGGUUUAUUAUCGGCUUGGACCAAGAUAUCUACUAUUGUGUAGCUGUUCAGGCAUUCAAUACAGCCGGAGAUGGACCACCAUCUGGGUUUGCUGAACAGACCACUUAUAAACUUUGGCCGCAGAGUUUCCCAACAAUCGUGCAGUUAAAUAGUACGAACUAUCCAAGAACAGUACGGGUCAACUGGAAAGGUGUUCAAACGACCUUGAACGAAGAAGCUGUUUUGGGCUAUCGUAUUCGCUAUUGGCUAGUAGGAGCGAAUUACAAGGAGGCGCAUACUGAUGUAGAUGUGCGUCUGAGAACAUAUGGUUACGUUCAAAAUCUGGAAAUCAAUAAGAGGUACAAUUUGAGAGUCUAUGCAUAUAGUCGAGCUGGUGUAGGAAAAAUGUCUUCACCAAUCGUGCAAUUUCAAAUGAUUCCGAAGGAUCAGUGUGUGCCUGGUGCAUCUUGGGGUAAAUUUUUACUGAUUUUUGAUCAAAAUACUUCCAGAACAUCUAUUUCUUUUAUAACAUUUGAAAUCACUGAAAUAGAGCAUCACGUUUUAAAUCACCCCAGGCACUGGAGUAUCGGUGUUAGGAUUAUCGAAGCAGUCUUCCAACUCCGGUUCCUCGAUGCAGGCAAAUGGAGCAUUUUAAAGUGGAGUGAAGAAGAUGCGAGAUUGGCAUUGGGUAAGCGAACUAUUGAUGAUGACAAACUUCUUUCCCCGGAUGAGGAAUGA